GAUGUAUCGGAUCACUUGGAACUUCACUGAACACGACCCACAAUUACACCACACAAGGUGUUAAUUCGUUUCCCAAGAAUACCUCUCCGCACAUCCCUACAACCGUCCCUUCUGUCUCUCACACAUUUCCCUCCUCCCGUUUAGUCUCUGCAUCCCUCAAACGCACCAUUCAUUCUUCUUCGGCACACCGCAAACCCCAUUCAACAGUCCCUUCGCAUUUUCUUGAGGUUGUUCGUGAGCCUUCUACUGGUCCAUUAAUCCCUGAAAUUAGUUGCGGCUACCAAAGUUUCGUUGCACACAGAUCAUAUACGCUAGUAUCAGGUGCGGCUGGAAUCCCCAAACAAUCUUCACAGCUAAUAACCAUCAGCGACGGAAAGUACUUGUCUGUUGGAUGUGGAGAGGAUAAUUGGUUCACGAGACAUGAUUCAUUGGGAGUAGCGGAUGGUGUAAGCGCAUGGGGAAAACAUGAAUCGCGAGGAGAAACAAGACCAGAUCCAGCCUUGUUAUCAAGAAAGCUAAUGCAUAGCGCCUACGUCGAGCUGGAAAAGUAUGAUAACCCAGAAAAGGACAGUCACUACGUUUACGACACGGUGGAUCCGAAACAAGUCCUCCAAAAAAGUUACGAACAGACUAUGCGUCAAUGUGCUCUAGAGAAUCAAGCAAUUGUAAUGGAACAACGAAUAGUAGGCUCAACAACAGCUCUUAUAGCAGUUUUGCGUAACGAUGAAUUACGAAUAGCCAACCUGGGCGAUUGUGGAAUUUGUAUAAUCCGCAAUCAAAACAUAAUCUUCCGCAAUGAAGAACAAACCCACUCUUUCAACUACCCAUUCCAACUUGGAACCGGUUCUUCAGACGCACCACGGGAUGCCCAAGUGUUUGUUGUAAAAGUUGUCAGAGGAGACAUAGUUGUUGUUGGAUCAGACGGGAUAUUCGAUAACCUGUUUGACGAGGAUAUCGUCGAGGAAGUUAAGCGCUCUGUUAACGGAAAGAGGAACUCGACAACAUCAACUAUUAUAAAUCCCCAGGUUCUAGCUGAAUCGCUGGCGUUUCGAGCAAAAGGAACUAGUCAAGACCUGGAGUGUAGCAGUCCAUUCGAGAGCAGAGCUUCACGGGAGGCAUUUUAUUAUACUGGUGGGAAG